AUGAGAAAAGUCAAACGAAUCAUCCAUAAACAAUUUGGAGGUGUAGGCAACUUUUUUAUAAUAUUGAUUUUGGUUGCAAGUAUCGUUAUUUUUAUUAAUUCAUAUGUUCUUACAAAACGAGAUCCAUCCAAUGAAGCGCCGACUGGCAGUAUUUCUAAAUUAGAGACUGUUCACAAUCAAAAUCAAACAGUAAAACAAAAUUCCAUUGACCGACAGCGAAUUCAAAGACCAUCUAUACCCGAUGCUGGAUGUGAAAUUGAUGAGAAGUGCGCAGAUGAUGCUAUCCCAUAUAAAAUUGUUUCCGGAGAUGGAAUUGAAAAGUAUCCAAUUAUAUGUUUUAAUAAUAAAUUAUUGGUUCAUAAAAAUUUAAAAGAUGCAAAAAUUGGUCGUGGUAUUAAUUUAGUUGCACUUGAUAGUGUAACUUAUGAUGUUAAAUUAACAGAAACAUAUGAUACUUAUAUUGAAGAAACAUUCUUAUUACGAACACUUAAAGUAACUUUAAAUGAUGGUGAUAUUAUUAUUCUAGCUAGUUUUGAUGAAAUGACAUAUGGAUUGAAAGAAGCAUCUUUGUCGAUAUUAGAAAAAUAUGGUAGUCAAUUGAUAAAAAUUAUUAAAUUUCGUGAUUCCUUUGUUAUGAUUGGGCAGAAAGGACUUGCACGUGGGAAAGCUGUUGAAAUGCAUCAACCAAAAGGAAAUCGUGAUUUUGCUCCUGCUGCACAUAUAAGUGGUUGUGCUAAAUUUCCUUUGGGUCAAUUAUCUCCAGUAGUAUUUCCAACUUCGGAAGUCAAUAAAGAAGGAAAGAUAGCUAUUGGUACAUCGAUAAAGAAUUGUGGUCUACUAGAAACAUGUAAAGAAAACGAAUUCGCUGUACAUAUUUAUACGGGCAAAGAUAAAAACGAUGAACCAAAAAUAUGUGUUGACGGAAAAUAUGUUAUGGCAAAAGGUAUUAAUGAUGCUGGACGUGGUAUUAAUAUAGUUGUUGUUUCCAAUGGAAAAGAAGUUAUACGUACAGGACAUUUUGAUACAUGGCAAGAAGAUAGUACAAAUUUAGAAAUAUUUCUUGAAAAUCUUGAAGAAAACGUUAUUCUAAUUGCAGUUACUUUUGAUGAAGCAUCAACAAAACUUAGUCAGCACAGUAAAAAUCUCUUUUUUGAUCUUGGCAGUGCAACUAUACAAAAUAUGAAUUACCGAGACUCUUGGGCGUUUGUAGGUCGAAAGGGCAUAGAAGGUUUUAGCCCUUACGAAGAGAUUUCACAUGCAGGAAGUGCACCUGGUUAUGCGUCUCCUAUUGACAAGCGAUUAUGUGUACCACAAACUUUAAAAGGAAUCAAAAUUCGACCUGAUCCAUUACCCUUUCGUAAUGAUAAACGUCGUGAUUUUUGUUCACGUUAUGAUGGCUACGGAGACUUUUGUAGUGAUACCAAUGUUGAUAAAAAUCUAGCACCUAUUGGACUAUUAAAUAAAACAUUAGAAGAUAAUCCCAUAUAUUCAAUACCAAUACUUGUUAUUGCUGGCAUUUCAUAUAAUUCUCUUCGUAUGUGUCUAGAAACUUUGCUAAUGCAACCGGGUAUUCGUGUCGAAAAUGUUAUUGUUGCUGUUGAUGAAAAAUUUUCUGAACCGCUUGCAUUAAUUGAUCUGUUUGGAUUUCGAGGAGAAAAAACAUCCAGUAGUUCAACAUAUAUGGAACAUUAUGAAAAAUCAUUAAACAAGGCCUUGGAACUCUAUCCAACUAAAGAUAGCGUCAUUGUUAUUGAAGAAGAUCUCAUUUUAUCUCCAGAUUUUCUUUAUACUCUUGCUUUGUUAAGUGAAACGUUUCAAAAGGAUGAAACGAUUGCUGGCAUACAAUUAUGGAAUCCUAAUUCUUACGAUGCGGUUAAUGGAUCCAUCGAUCUAAUCUAUCGUGUUGACAAUUUGUUUGGUCUAGGCUACCAAUUAAAACGUACAUUUUAUGAUAAAAACAUGAAAGUUUCAUUCAAAGAGUGCUGCUCGAAAAGAGUUUGGGAUAAAUGGAAAUUUUCACAGACACUUCCAUCAUCGUCUUUUCUUAUGCCAGAUAUUUCACGUAUAUUUCGAAGACCAAUUGAUGGCAAUCGAAUGAAUACGAAAUAUUUGGAAGCACUAUUUAAUCGAAAACGACAAACGAGUUUAAAUCCGUUUCCUCCAUUAUCAAAUAUUAACACAUUACGUAAAGAAAGCUAUGAUACUUUUUUAACCAAAUCAAUUAGUUCGGCAACAUUGCUGAAAUCUUUAGAACCAUGUGAUACACUUAAUCUAAAUAUGUAUAAUUUAAUUAGAAAUCAAAACAGCUCUGCUACGUUCAAGUAUAUUUAUCAACAAGAAUCAACAGACGAUGUAGCAUCGCUUAUGCCAGUUUUACCUUGUUUUGGCUUAUUUCCACAAGAACCAUUAGGUCUCUAUCUUGGUGUUCUUCGAUUUAGUGCAAAUAAAUAUCAAUUUUAUCUCGUUGGAUCCAAAUCGCCUCUAUAUAAAAGUACAUUGAACUCGACUUAA